AUUGAGUUCUUAUCACAUGUCCCUCUAGUUUUCCUUUUCCUCUUCUGUUAAUUCACCCUACCAGCAUAGUAGCAAGAAGAUGUGGAAGCUUAAGAUUGGUGAAGGUGGGGGGCCAUACCUAUACAGCACCAACAACUACGUGGGUAGACAAAUAUGGGAGUAUGACCCUAACGCCGGUACACCGGAAGAACGACAAGCAGUUGAAAAAGUCCGGGAAGAGUUCAGAACAAACCGGCAGAGUGGUUUCCAUGUCUGUGGUGAUUUGUUGAUGAGAAUGCAGAUGAUCAAAGAAAGUGGGAUUGAUGUGUUGAGCAUUCCUCCGAUAAGAUUAGGAGAGGAAGAAGAAGUCAAUUAUGAGGCUGUCACAACGGCUGUUAGAAAAGCCGUACGAUUGAACCGUGCACUUCAAGCUAGAGAUGGACACUGGCCAGCUCAGAAUGCUGGACCUAUGUUUUACACUCCUCCCUUGCUGAUUGCAUUGUACAUUAGUGGAGCAAUUGAAACAAUUUUAACGUCAGAGCACAAAAAAGAAUUAGUUCGAUAUAUCUACAAUCAUCAAAAUGGAGAUGGUGGGUGGGGAUUAUACGUAGAUGGACACAGUACCAUGAUUGGGUCAGCACUUAGCUAUGUGGCCUUGCGUUUGCUUGGAGAAGAGGCUAAGGAUGGUGAUGGUGCCAUUGUUAGAGGUCGAAAAUGGAUUGUUGAUCAUGGAGGUGCCACUGGAAUUCCCUCAUGGGGAAAGCUUUAUCUUUCUGUGCUUGGAGUGUAUGAGUGGGAUGGGUGUAAUCCAAUCCCACCAGAAUUCUGGCUUUUCCCUUCCAAUUUUAUUUUCCAUCCAGCCAACAUGUGGUGUUACUGCCGGACAACGUACAUGCCUAUGUCAUAUUUGUAUGCAAGAAGAUAUCAUGGACCGUUAACUAAUCUUGUUCUUUGCAUAAGAAAUGAAAUUUAUGUCAAACCUUAUGAUCAAAUUGAUUGGAACAGUGCUCGCAUGGAUUGCUGUAAGGAGGACUUGUACUACCCCCAUAGUUUCAUCCAAGAUCUGCUAUGGAACACCCUUCAAUAUUGCGUUGAGCCAUUCAUGAGUCGUUGGCCUUUCAAGAAAAUUAGAGAAAUGGCAAUGAGAAAAGCAAUCAAGUACAUGCGCUAUAACGCAGAGGAGACCAGAUAUAUUACCAUUGGUUGCGUAGAAAAGAGUUUGCAAAUGAUGUGCUGGUGGGCAGAAGAUCCAAAUUGCGAUGAGUUCAAAUACCAUCUUGCUAGAAUUCCUGAUUACUUAUGGGUUUCAGAAGAUGGAAUGACGAUGCAUAGUUUUGGGAGUCAGAAUUGGGAUUCCACUUUUGCCACCCAAGCUAUAAUUGCUAGUGGCAUGGUAGAAGAAUAUGGAGACUGCUUGAAAAAGGCUCACUUCUAUAUCAAAGAGUCACAGAUAAAAGAAAAUCCAAAAGGGGACUUCAAAAGUAUGUAUCGUCAUUUCAAUAAAGGAUCAUGGACAUUCUCUGAUCAAGACCAUGGUUGGACUCUCUCCGACGGCACAGCAGAGGCUCUUAAGUGUCUGCUACUCCUUGGGCAAAUGCAUCCGGAAAUUGUAGGAGAAAAGGCCGAUGCUCGGCGCUUGUAUGAAGCUGUAGAUGUUUUGCUUUAUCUUCAAAGUCCCAACAGUGGUGGUUUUUCUAUCUGGGAGCCUCCUGUUCCGCAACCAUAUAUGCAACUGUUGAAUCCAUCUGAAUUCUUUGCAGAUAUUGUAGUAGAGAAAGAGCAUGUAGAACCUACUGGAUGUAUAAUCAGUGCUCUUGCGGCCUUCAGAUCUCAAUAUCCGAAUUAUAGACCAAAAGAAAUUGAUAUUUCUAUAUCAAAGGCAGUACAAUACCUUGAAAAUGAACAGCAAGCAGAUGGGUCAUGGUAUGGGUACUGGGGAAUUUGUUUCCUCUAUGGCACUUGCUUUGCCCUAUUAGGGCGAAUUUGUUUCCUCUAUGGCACUUGCUUUGCCCUAUUAGGGCUGGCAACUGCGGGAAAGAAUUACGAGAAUAGUAAAGCCAUUCGCAAAGCUGUUCAUUUCUACCUAUCAAAACAGAACCAAGAAGGUGGCUGGGGAGAAUGUCUUGAAUCUUGCCCAACCAUGAAAUAUAUACCGUUGGAAGGGAAUCGUACAAAUUUGGUACAAACAUCAUGGGCAAUGCUAGGACUCAUGUACUCUGGACAGGCUGAGAGGGAUCCAACUCCUUUACACAAAGCAGCUAAGUUAUUAAUCAAUGCACAAAUGGAAGAUGGAGAUUUCCCUCAACAAGACAUUACUGGAGUCUUUAUGAGGAAUUGCAUGUUGCACUAUGCACAAUAUAGGAGUUACUUCCCAUUGUGGGCAUUGGCUGAAUAUCGUAAACGCCUGUGAACAUCAAAAAGUCACUAAAUUCAAAUCCUACUAAAUAUAUCACUAGUGGAAUUUUAUGUAUCCAUUCCACCUCCAAGUUAACAUGUAAUCUUGUGGUGUACACUAUGUUACUUCAAGAAAUAACAAUCUUUGUAUGAGUUUGAUUCAGUAACAUUAUAUCGACUCCUAUAUGAAUUAUUUGAA